AUGAGACCCAGGACUCAGAGGGAGGAGAUCAGGAGGAGACCCAGGACUCAGAGGGAGGAGAUCAGGAGGAGACCCAGGACUCAGAGGGAGGAGAUCAGGAGGAGACCCAGGACUCAGAGGGAGGAGAUCAGGAGGAGACCCAGGAUUCAGAGGGAGGAGACCAGGAGGAGACCCAGGACUCAGAGGGAGGAGAUCAGGAGGAGACCCAGGACUCAGAGGGAGGAGAUCAGGAGGAGACCCAGGACUCAGAGGGAGGAGAUCAGGAGGAGACCCAGGAUUCAGAGGGAGAAGAUCAGGAGGAGACCCAGGAUUCAGAGGGAGGAGACCAGGAGGCGACCCAGGACUCAGAGGGAGGAGACCCAGGACUCAGAGGGAGGAGACCCAGGACUCAGAGGGAGGAGAUCAGGAGGAGACCCAGGACUCAGAGGGAGGAGAUCAGGAGGAGACCCAGGAUUCAGAGGGAGAAGAUCAGGAGGAGACCCAGGACUCAGAGGGAGGAGAUCAGGAGGAGACCCAGGACUCAGAGGGAGGAGAUCAGGAGGAGACCCAGGACUCAGAGGGAGGAGAUCAGGAGGAGACCCAGGACUCAGAGGGAGGAGAUCAGGAGGAGACCCAGGAUUCAGAGGGAGGAGACCAGGAGGAGACCCAGGACUCAGAGGGAGGAGAUCAGGAGGAGACCCAGGACUCAGAGGGAGGAGAUCAGGAGGAGACCCAGGACUCAGAGGGAGGAGAUCAGGAGGAGACCCAGGACUCAGAGGGAGGAGAUCAGGAGGAGACCCAGGAUUCAGAGGGAGGAGACCAGGAGGAGACCCAGGACUCAGAGGGAGGAGAUCAGGAGGAGACCCAGGAUUCAGAGGGAGGAGACCAGGAGGCGACCCAGGACUCAGAGGGAGGAGACCCAGGACUCAGAGGGAGGAGAUCAGGAGGAGACCCAGGACUCAGAGGGAGGAGACCCAGGACUCAGAGGGAGGAGAUCAGGAGGAGACCCAGGACUCAGAGGGAGGAGAUCAGGAGGAGACCCAGGAUUCAGAGGGAGGAGACCAGGAGGAGACCCAGGACUCAGAGGGAGGAGAUCAGGAGGAGACUCAGGACUCAGAGGGAGGAGAUCAGGAGGAGACCCAGGAAUCAGAGGGAGGAGACCAGGAGGCGACCCAGGACUCAGAGGGAGGAGACCAGGAGGCGACCCAGGACUCAGAGGGAGGAGACCAGGAGGCGACCCAGGACUCAGAGGGAGGAGAUCAGGAGGAGACCCAGGAUUCAGAGGGAGGAGACCAGGAGGAGACCCAGGACUCAGAGGGAGGAGAUCAGGAGGAGACUCAGGACUCAGAGGGAGGAGAUCAGGAGGAGACCCAGGAAUCAGAGGGAGGAGACCAGGAGGCGACCCAGGACUCAGAGGGAGGAGACCAGGAGGCGACCCAGGACUCAGAGGGAGGAGACCCAGGACUCAGAGGGAGGAGAUCAGGAGGAGACCCAGGACUCAGAGGGAGGAGACCCAGGACUCAGAGGGAGGAGAUCAGGAGGAGACCCAGGACUCAGAGGGAGGAGAUCAGGAGGAGACCCAGGAUUCAGAGGGAGGAGACCAGGAGGCGACCCAGGACUCAGAGGGAGGAGAUCAGGAGGAGACCUAGGAUUCAGCGGGAGGAGAACAGGAGGCGACCCAGUACUCAGAGGGAGGAGACCAGGAGGAGACCCAGGAUUCAGAGGGAGGAGACCAGGAGGAGACCCAGGACUCAGAGGGAGGAGAUCAGGAGGAGACCCAGGACUCAGAGGGAGGAGACCAGGGAGGCGACCCAAGACUCAGAGGGAGGAGACCAGGAGGAGACCCAGGACUCAGAGGGAGGAGACCAGGAGGCGACCCAGGACUCAGAGGGAGGAGACCCAGGACUCAGAGGGAGGAGACCAGGAGGAGACCCAGGACUCAGAGGGAGGAGAUCAGGAGGAGACCCAGGAUUCAGAGGGAGGAGAUCAGGAGGAGUCCUAGGAUUCAGAGGGAGGAGACCAGGAGGCGACCCAGGACUCAGAGGGAGGAGAUCAGGAGGAGACCCAGGACUCAGAGGGGGGAGAUCAGGAGGAGACCCAGGACUCAGAGGGAGGAGACCAGGAGGAGACUCAGGAUUCAGAGGGAGGAGACCAGGAGGCGACCCAGGACUCAGAGGGAGGAGACCAGGAGGAGACCCAGGACUCAGAGGGAGGAGACCAGGAGGAGACUCAGGAUUCAGAGGGAGGAGACCAGGAGGCGACCCAGGACUCAGAGGGAGGAGACCAGGAGGAGACCCAGGACUCAGAGGGAGGAGACCAGGAGGAGACUCAGGAUUCAGAGGGAGGAGACCAGGAGGAGACCCAAGACUCAGAGGGAGGAGACCAGGAGGAGACCCAGGACUCAGCGGGAGGAGAUCAGGAGGCGACCCAGGACUCAGAGGGAGGAGACCCAGGACUCAGAGGGAGGAGACCAGGAGGAGACCCAGGACUCAGAGGGAGGAGAUCAGGAGGAGACCCAGGAUUCAGAGGGAGGAGAUCAGGAGGAGACCUAGGAUUCAGAGGGAGGAGACCAGGAGGCGACCCAGGACUCAGAGGGAGGAGAUCAGGAGGAGACCCAGGACUCAGAGGGGGGAGAUCAGGAGGAGACCCAGGACUCAGAGGGAGGAGAUCAGGAGGAGACCCAGGACUCAGAGGGAGGAGACCAGGAGGAGACUCAGGAUUCAGAGGGAGGAGACCAGGAGGCGACCCAGGACUCAGAGGGAGGAGACCAGGAGGCGACCCAGGACUCAGAGGGAGGAGACCAGGAGGAGACCCAGGACUCAGAGGGAGGAGACCCAGGACUCAGAGGGAGGAGAUCAGGAGGAGACCCAGGACUCAGAGGGAGGAGACCAGGAGGAGACCCAGGACACAGAGGGAGGAGAUCAGGAGGCGACCCAAGACUCAGAGGGAGGAGACCAGGAGGCGACCCAGGACUCAGAGGGAGGAGAUCAGGAGGAGACCCAGGACUCAGAGGGAGGAGACCAGGAGGAGACUCAGGACUCAGAGGGAGGAGAUCAGGAGGCGACCCAAGACUCAGAGGGAGGAGACCCAGGACUCAGAGGGAGGAGACCAGGAGGAGACCCAGGACUCAGAGGGAGGAGACCAGCAGGAGACCCAGGACACAGAGGGAGGAGACCAGGAGGAGACCCAGGGCCUAGAGGAACUUUCUCCGGCCUGGGACUGAGUCUCAGGACUAGUCGGGGUCCAGCCUGGGUCCAGCCGGGGUCCAGCCGGGGUCCAGUUUGGGUCCAGUCAGGGUCCAGCCUGGGUCCAGCCGGGGUCCAGCCGGGGUCCAGUUUGGGUCCAGCUGGGGUCCAGCCGGGGUCCAGUUUGGGUCCAGCUGGGGUCCAGCCGGGGUCCAGUUUGGGUCCAGCUGGGGUCCAGAGGCCUCCUCCAGGGCUGUGUGCCUCAUUGCUCUCUGACGCCUUCAUUCCGCUCGGCGGUGUCACACUCUUAAAGCUCUCGUACAGCUCUCGUACAGCUCUCGUACAGCUCUCGUACAGCUCUCGUACAGCUCUCGUACAGCUCUCGUACAGCUCUCAUACAGCUCUCAUACAGCUCUCAUACAGCUCUCAUACAGCUCUCAUACAGCUCUCAGACAGCUCUCAUACAGCUCUCAUACAGCUCUCAUACAGCUCUCAUACAGCUCUCAUACAGCUCUCGUACAGCUCUCAUACAGCUCAUACAGCUCUCGUACAGCUCUCGUACAGCUCUCGUACAGCUCUCGUACAGCUCUCGUACAGCUCUCGUACAGCUCAUACAGCUCUGAUACAGCUCUCAGACAGCUCUCAUACAGCUCUCAGACAGCUCUCAUACAGCUCUCGUACAGCUCUCGUACAGCUCUCAUACAGCUCAUACAGCUCUCGUACAGCUCUCAGACAGCUCUCAGACAGCUCUCAUACAGCUCUCAUACAGCUCUCGUACAGCUCUCGUACAGCUCUCGUACAGCUCUCGUACAGCUCUCGUACAGCUCUCAUACAGCUCAUACAGCUCUCAGACAGCUCUCAGACAGCUCUCAUACAGCUCUCGUACAGCUCUCGUACAGCUCUCGUACAGCUCUCGUACAGCUCUCAUACAGCUCUCAUACAGCUCUCAUACAGCUCUCAGACAGCUCUCAUACAGCUCUCAUACAGCUCUCAUACAGCUCUCAUACAGCUCUCAUACAGCUCUCGUACAGCUCUCAUACAGCUCAUACAGCUCUCGUACAGCUCUCGUACAGCUCUCGUACAGCUCUCGUACAGCUCUCGUACAGCUCAUACAGCUCUCAUACAGCUCUCAGACAGCUCUCAUACAGCUCUCAGACAGCUCUCAUACAGCUCUCGUACAGCUCUCGUACAGCUCUCAUACAGCUCAUACAGCUCUCGUACAGCUCUCAGACAGCUCUCAGACAGCUCUCAUACAGCUCUCAUACAGCUCUCAUACAGCUCUCAUACAGCUCUCAUACAGCUCUCAGACAGCUCUCAUACAGCUCUCAUACAGCUCUCAUACAGCUCUCAUACAGCUCUCAUACAGCUCUCGUACAGCUCUCAUACAGCUCAUACAGCUCUCGUACAGCUCUCGUACAGCUCUCGUACAGCUCUCGUACAGCUCUCGUACAGCUCUCGUACAGCUCAUACAGCUCUCAUACAGCUCUCAGACAGCUCUCAUACAGCUCUCAUACAGCUCUCAUACAGCUCUCAUACAGCUCUCAUACAGCUCUCAUACAGCUCUCAUACAGCUCUCAUACAGCUCUCAUACAGCUCUCGUACAGCUCUCAUACAGCUCAUACAGCUCUCGUACAGCUCUCGUACAGCUCUCGUACAGCUCUCGUACAGCUCUCGUACAGCUCUCGUACAGCUCUCGUACAGCUCUCGUACAGCUCUCAUACAGCUCUCAUACAGCUCUCAUACAGCUCUCAUACAGCUCUCAUACAGCUCUCAUACAGCUCUCAUACAGCUCUCAUACAGCUCUCAUACAGCUCUCAUACAGCUCUCGUACAGCUCUCGUACAGCUCUCAGACAGCUCUCAGACAGCUCUCAGACAGCUCUCAUACAGCUCAUACAGCUCAUACAGCUCUCGUACAGCUCUCAUACAGCUCUCGUACAGCUCUCGUACAGCUCUCGUACAGCUCUCAUACAGCUCAUACAGCUCAUACAGCUCUCGUACAGCUCUCAUACAGCUCUCGUACAGCUCUCGUACAGCUCUCGUACAGCUCUCGUACAGCUCUCAUACAGCUCUCAUACAGCUCAUACAGCUCAUACAGCUCUCGUACAGCUCUCAUACAGCUCUCGUACAGCUCUCGUACAGCUCUCGUACAGCUCUCGUACAGCUCUCAUACAGCUCAUACAGCUCAUACAGCUCUCGUACAGCUCUCAUACAGCUCUCGUACAGCUCUCGUACAGCUCUCAUACAGCUCAUACAGCUCAUACAGCUCUCGUACAGCUCUCGUACAGCUCUCGUACAGCUCUCGUACAGCUCUCGUACAGCUCUCAUACAGCUCUCGUACAGCUCUCGUACAGCUCUCGUACAGCUCUCAUACAGCUCUCGUACAGCUCUCGUACAGCUCUCGUACAGCUCUCAUACAGCUCUCGUACAGCUCUCGUACAGCUCUCGUACAGCUCUCCAUUGUUUGAUCCAUCGCGAAGCAGAGCCUCCUCUUCAUCAAACGCUCAGAUACAGAACCUUCACCUCCUCUUCAUCAAACGCUCAGAUACAGAACCUUCACCUCCUCUUCAUCAAACGCUCAGAUACAGAACCUUCACCUCCUCUUCAUCAAACGCUCAGAUACAGAACCUUCACCUCCUCUUCAUCAAACGCUCAGAUACAGAACCUUCACCUCCUCUUCAUCAAACGCUCAGAUACAGAACCUUCACCUCCUCUUCAUCAAACGCUCAGAUACAGAACCUUCACCUCCUCUUCAUCAAACGCUCAGAUACAGAACCGUCACCUCCUCUUCAUCAAACGCUCAGAUACAGAACCUUCACCUCCUCUUCAUCAAACGCUCAGAUACAGAACCUUCACCUCCUCUUCAUCAAACGCUCAGAUACAGAACCUUCACCUCCUCUUCAUCAAACGCUCAGAUACAGAACCUUCACCUCCUCUUCAUCAGACGCUCAGAUACAGAACCUUCACCUCCUCUUCAUCAAACGCUCAGAUACAGAACCUUCACCUCCUCUUCAUCAAACGCUCAGAUACAGAACCUUCACCUCCUCUUCAUCAGACGCUCAGAUACAGAACCGUCACCUCCUCUUCAUCAAACGCUCAGAUACAGAACCUUCACCUCCUCUUCAUCAAACGCUCAGAUACAGAACCUUCACCUCCUCUUCAUCAAACGCUCAGACACAGAACCUUCACCUCCUCUUCAUCAAACGCUCAGAUACAGAACCUUCACCUCCUCUUCAUCAAACGCUCAGAUACAGAACCUUCACCUCCUCUUCAUCAGACGCUCAGAUACAGAACCUUCACCUCCUCUUCAUCAAACGCUCAGAUACAGAACCUUCACCUCCUCUUCAUCAAACGCUCAGAUACAGAACCUUCACCUCCUCUUCAUCAGACGCUCAGAUACAGAACCUUCACCUCCUCUUCAUCAAACGCUCAGAUACAGAACCUUCACCUCCUCUUCAUCAGACGCUCAGAUACAGAACCUUCACCUCCUCUUCAUCAAACGCUCAGAUACAGAACCUUCACCUCCUCUUCAUCAAACGCUCAGAUACAGAACCUUCACCUCCUCUUCAUCAGACGCUCAGAUACAGAACCUUCACCUCCUCUUCAUCAAACGCUCAGAUACAGAACCUUCACCUCCUCUUCAUCAAAUGCUCAGAUACAGAACCUUCACCUCCUCUUCAUCAAACGCUCAGACACAGAACCUUCACCUCCUCUUCAUCAAACGCUCAGAUACAGAACCUUCACCUCCUCUUCAUCAAACGCUCAGAUACAGAACCUUCACCUCCUCUUCAUCAAUCUACUCUACUCUACUCUACUCUCCCCUAG